GGAAGAGUGAUGGCCGCGGCCUAAGCGGUUCCCCGUUGGAGGCGUCGCGGGCGCUCGGGUCGCGCUCGGCGGAUCCUGGGUGCGGCGAGGGAGGCCGCUCCCGGCCACACUUGCAGGCCAUCCUGCAGCGCAGACCCCGGCAACCAUGACCUCCAGGCAGGCUCCCCUCUGUGGCCUGGCCCCUCACUGCCUCUGGCUCCUGGGAGCUGUCCUUCUGAUGGACGUGUCCGCCCGGCCCGCCAACCACUCGUCCGCUCGGGAGAGAGCGAGUAGCAGGGAGGAAAACGAGAUCCUGCCUCCGGACCACCUGAAUGGGGUGAAGCUAGAGAUGGAUGGGCACCUCAACAGGGAUUUCCACCAGGAGGUCUUCCUGGGCAAGGACACGGACGGCUUUGAACAGGAUGCGGAGCCCCGGAGGAGCCGCAGGAAGCUGAUGGCCAUCUUCUCCAAGGUGGAUUUGAACACCGACAGAAGGAUCAGUGCCAAGGAGAUGCAGCGCUGGAUCAUGGAGAAGACGGCCGAGCACUUCCAGGAGGCCAUUGCGGAGAGCAGGGCGCACUUCCGUGCCGUGGACCCCGACGGUGACGGCCACGUGUCAUGGGAUGAAUACAAGGUGAAGUUUUUGGCGAGCAAAGGCCACGAUGAGAGAGAAGUUGCUGAUAAGAUAAAGAAUAAGUGGGACCUGAACAUCGACGAAGAGACACAGGAAGUCCUGGAGAACCUCAAAGACCGCUGGUAUCAGGCGGACAACCCGCCCCCGGACCUGCUGCUGACGGAGAGCGAGUUCCUGUCGUUCCUGCACCCCGAGCAUAGCCGCGGCAUGCUGCAGUUCAUGGUCAAGGAGAUCAUCCGGGACCUGGACCAGGAUGGUGACAAGAAGCUCUCGCUGUCCGAGUUCAUCUCUCUGCCCAUGGGCACUGUGGAGAACCAGCAGGCCCAGGACGUGGACGACGGCUGGGUGCGAGACAGGAAGAGAGAGUUCGAGGAGCUGAUCGAUGCCAACCGCGACGGGAUCGUGACCGCGGCGGAGCUGGAGGACUACAUGGACCCCAUGAACGAGUUCAGCGCCCUCAACGAGGCCAAGCAGAUGAUCGCCGUUGCCGACGAGAACCAGAACCACUGCCUGGAGCCCGAGGAGGUGCUCAAGUACAGCGAGUUCUUCACGGGCAGCAAGCUGGUGGACUACGCCCGCAGCGUGCACGAGGAGUUCUGAGCCGCCGCCGCUGCCACCGCCGCGCCCGCCCCUCGCCCACCCGCCCCGUCCCUCCCGCGGCGCCUGGAUUCCCGCGAUUCCCGCGUACCCACUGCUUCUCGCUUCCGGGAACUGGAGCCCUUCUGCCAGAGGCACCGGCCGCAUCAGGGCCUGCGGGCUGGCCACACCGUGGGAAAUACGCAGCUCCCGCCGUUUCCUUGAAAACCGAAAGAUGAAGGCUUUACUGGAAACCAGCAGCCGGCGGCUGGCGGGUCGGGACGGAGCCGUGAGAGCCGCCGGCCCUGUGGUGUUCAGCCUCCGAGGAGACGCUAAUACUGGUGACAGGAAUCACAUUAAUUUACUUUAAAAUAUAGUUGCCUCUUUCUCUCA